AUGUCAUCAAACAAUAAUCCGAGUAUAAUCAACGUUGAACGAAUUUGUAGCAGAGACGGAUGCACAUAUCAUACCAAAAAUCGUUUCAGAUCAGCCAAUGCAGUAUUUGAAUAUCGAAUCUUGGGAUAUUCCAAAGGUCUCGCUGAUCCAGAUUUUAACAAACCUGGCCGAAUAGAUUGCCUGUUAGGAGCAGAGAUCUUUUUCAAGUUAUUUAUUGAAGGUCAAAUAAAACUAGCAGGUAGUCUUCGAACACUUCAGAAUUCUAUUUUUGGAUGGGUUGUAGCUGGCAAUAUUGAAACUUCAAAUUCAAGCACGGCAACUUGUGGCAUAUGCAUUACUAAGGAACUAGAAGAAUCUAUAUUGAAAUUCUGGGAAUCAGAGGAAAUUCCAGAUUCAACUUCGAAACUUACAGAAGACGAAUUGCGUUGUGAGUCACAUUUUUUGAAACACACUUUUCGAGGAAGUGAUGGCAGAUUUGUUGUGAAACUCCCUCUAAAGAAUCAUCCAUCAGUGUUACCAGAUACAAAAGGAAUCGCUUACGAGAGGUUCAAGACAAUCGAGCGCCGUUUCAUUCAAAAUCCUGAUCUAAAGAAUCAAUAUGUUUCAUUUAUGAGGGAAUAUGAAGCAUUGGGACACAUGACAAAAUUCAGCGGUAGCGAAAUAAUAUCUCCCCAAUAUUUCAUCCCUCACCACUGUGUGCUACGUCCAGACAGCUCAACAUCAAAACUGCAAGUUGUAUUUGACGCAUCAGUACACAAAUUAUCAGGGCCAUCACUAAAUGACAUAAUGUUUAAUGAUCCAAAAGUUCAAGACGAACUGUUUUCGAUUUUGCUCAGAUUUAGAAUGCACAAAUAUGUUUUAAAAACUGAUGUGGAAAAAAUGUACCGUCAAAUAUGGGUUAACAAAGAUGAUCGAAAUUUGCAACUCAUAAUGUGGCGAGAAAAUCCCACAGAACCACUUAAUUAUUAUCAGUUGAACACAGUUACUUAUGGCACAAGAGCAGCGCUAUAUUUAAUUGGCGGAUGA